AUGAACUAUAAAUUAAGUAAAUAAUAAAAGGGAUUAGAGAUUAUCAAAUUUUUCUUAGCAAACACAAAAAUGACAAUAAUUGAUAAAAGAAAUCUUUUAAAAAUACAUAGUAAAUAAAGCUACUCAAAUUACUUUAAUACAAAUAUGUGAAAGUUUAAAAGAUCAAUUUUAGGUUCUUAAUACUGUUAUUUUUGGGGAUUAUAAUUUCUUUUACUAUUUAAAUAGAUAUACACAGGGGAACUUUAUAUUCAAAAAAUAAAAUUGGAAGAAAAGAGAAAAUUUCAUAAAUUAUAUAAUUAAGGGAUGCAUUUUAAAUUUUGAAAAAUAAAAGCAUUUUCUAUAGCUACUUGUAUAAAGAAUUUAUUGCAGAGAAUUAAGAUUGUUUAUAAAUGCUGAUUAAAAAUUAUAGAGUGAGAUUAUUGAUAAUAUAUUAAAUAAUUUUACCAAUCUAAUUAAUUUAAGGGUAUCUAUUAAUGCUUUUUUUUAAUCUUAAGACUUAAUUACCUUUGAUAUUUCGAUUAGUAAAUCUGUUUUAAGGAAUAAUAAAAAUGAUUUUAAAAUGA